GUGGUCCGGACUCAUGCGGGGAGCCGUAUCCGUCGCCCUCGUGUACCUCAACUUCGACACAGGACAGGGUGCCUACCCCUACCCCUUGGCAGGAAGAGGUGGGACAUCAUCAGGGUCAGCGGCGUUGCCUGCUCUGAUGUACGGCAAUGCCUCCGUCAAUGCUUCUGGAAGCUUUAUUGGCUCCGGUGGCGGCUCCCUCGGCUCUGGACGGCUCCUUUUGACGUCGGCUGUUGGCACCAGCCGCCGCCUUUUCGCCUUUGCUUCCAAUCACACCCACAACCACACGCACGCGCGCACGCAUCAUGCCCUUGGACCCAUCAUCAGCGUGAAUGCCACGCCUGCUUUGCCCGGAGCUGCUGCUACCGCUCCGGUUGUUGCUUCGGCGGCAGCAGUAGCAGCAGCCAAGGCAGCAGCCGAGACGAUAGGUCUGACAGGCGGAGUAGCGCAAGCAGCAGGUGUCGGGGAGGGCUUGGCAAGCGGUGUCAUCAACUAUCGCCAUCAUGAUACGCUUAUUGCGUCGACGCUGCUGGUGGUGGUGGCUAGUGUGCUAGUGGUGAGCACACUUACAAAGCCGCUGCUGCAGGCGGUCAUGGAGGCGGAUCCCCGGAAGCCACCGUUGAGGGUAUUGCGCGAGGCCUUGUGUGACCCAUGGGUCGACGCUACCGGUCGGCUUCAAACCGCCACCGGCCGACUGCAGCUCGCAUUUGACCGUUCGUAUCGCCGAUUAGUGGACAUGACGUCUUCUGGUGGAGGCGCAGUGGGAGGUGUUGUUGCUGUGGAAACCAUGCCUAGGGACGCCAGUGGCGACGGCGGCGGCGAUGGAGGCCGUACAAGCGCCUCCUCUAUUGCCUUGGUGACACCCCGAACACACAGCAUCCCGAUAGCCAGCCACGAGAAUGCUAGCAGCAGCACCGACCGAAACGAGGGCGUCUCAGGAUCUAAAUAUAGCGGCGUUAGCUAUCGUCGGAGCAGUGGCCACAUUCCAGCUGCUGCUGUUACUGCCCAAACGGCUGCUGCAGCAGGAGCAGCGGCUGCUGCUGCUACUGCCCUGACCGUCUCCGCAGCAGCAGCCGCGUCUACUGAUACCGGCGGUAGCCAACCCAAGGGCUCGGCAACUCCGCCAGACCAUGUGGCCAGGGCUGGAAUCAGUCCCGUAGCUUCCGCUGCAGAUCUGAGUAUCGGUGGAUUGGCUCCCCAGGAGCGCACCGGCGCCGUCACGUCACAGUCACCAUCCUCGUCGACUGCGGCGGUGCCCUCCUUGUUUAGGUCUCGAAGCCACACGCGGCAAAGAGGGGCUACUGCCGCAGGAAUCGGGGCGGUGCCGCCAGCAACAGGCCUGCUUCCCAUCCCUGCCUUACAAUUGUCACUACCCUCGCCGGCGGUGUCGCCAUUACCCUCGCCGGCGGCUGUGACAACACCGGCACCUGGGGCCGCGCACUUGGAAAACACCUCACAUGCGCCCCAAGAUCGGAAUCCAAGUCCACAAUCGCAGCUGCAGCAGCCACAGUCAUGGCACAGCCCCCAAUUCCGGGCAUCACGGGAGGGGCGUACUGCCCUAGCUGCGGUCUCACUGCCAGCGUCAACGGGCUUGUCGACUGCGGAGAGCAGCAUUGGCGGGCUGACUAUUCCUUUGCCGCCAGACAUCAUAAAAGGGCAGCAUGACAAGCCUCGGCAUCAAGGCAAGAGCCAGUGCCUGCGUCCCAGGGGCAACAUGUCAUCAACAUUCACGACGUCAAUGGCGGCACUUGUGAAGACAAUGCCUGGCCCCGCCAACCGAUCCCCUCAGCUGCUACCUGCAGCUCAGCCUUCUUCAUCCUCUUCUUCUUCUUUUUCUUCUUCUUAUGACGAGUCCUAGAUAGGAACAAUGGCUUAGACUAGAUGUUUCAAUUGGGUGGGCCUCCUGCAGUGAUGCACCCACCUCCAGGUGUUUUUAUUGUGUACAUCACAUGCAUGAGCCGUCGGAGCGGUGUGGGUAUCUUCUUAGGCUAUUCAAUUUGAGGAAAAUGAAUGUGGUCAGCGGCUCUGGCACCUGUCUGUAGCUCGGUGGAAACGCGACCACUCACUGCUAAGCAGAAUUCCGCCGUCACAUACGAUAACAUGUAGUUGCUGGCUGGGCUGUGCGUGCAACGUGGUUUCAAGCGCAAACUAGUGUAAGUGCUCAGGGCGGGACGGCCCGAGAGGCCGCCCUGCACUCCACAACCACGCUCUGAAAAUACCCCGCAUGGUGCAUGACCUCACAUCACGUGUUGGGUAUGCGGGCGUGGACCUGUGUUUUAUUAUUACAUUACAUCUGGGUUUCAACCU